AUGACUGAACUCAUUGGCCCAGACCUCUUCCGUCGCCUGAAAACCGUGGGCGACCCGACAGUCUCCCCCGACGGGAGCAAAUGCGUUUAUGUGCUCUCAUGGAUCGACGACGAUACCUCGGAACCGCGGGCGCGCAUAUACCAGGUGGCGUUGGACUCCUCGAACGGAGACGGGAGGCCGCAGCCGUUUACCCAAGGCAACAACGACGGGCAUCCCCGCUUCUCUCCCGACGGAGCAAUCCUGGCGUUCCUGCGAGCCGGCGCGGGCCACACGGGAUUCUACGCGCCAGUGGUGUCGGACGUGUCACCGGAGGAUCAUCCCGAAAAGCCGGACUUGCCCACCACCAGGGAAGUGCAUCGCAUCCGCUACCGUCACGACGCCAUCGGCUGGCGCGGGGACAGCCAUUUUCACCUGUUUCUCGUCGACGCCUCCACCGCCGCUUGCGUUCAGUUGACUGACGGAGACUGGGACGACAUGGCUCCCUCGUGGUCGCCUGACGGUCGUCGCCUGGCGUUCAUCUCCGGUCGCUCCGGCUCCAGGGACGUCACUGCCACCAACGAAAUCUACGUGGUCGAGGUUCCGGAUGGAGUCGACCCAGACGGCGAAGCACCCGAACCCGAACUGUGGUCGCGGGAUUUGACCGACGUUGCCGCCGUCUCCUGGGCGCCCGACGGUCGCCGGCUGCUGGCUGCGGGUGGGUCCGGCGACGGGCUCAUGGUGCUUUGGCAGGCAUAUCUGUACGUGCUGGAGCUGGGUUGCCCUCCGCGCCAACUGACCGGCGACAGCCUCCGCCCGUGCCUGGGUUACCCGGGUAUUUUCCCCUCCUCUCGAACUGCGGUGGCUGGAUGGCGACGGUGA